CGAUUUAGAUGGCGUUUCUUUAAACAGUGAUAAUAUUUCCAUACAUUAUGAUAACAUAAUUACCGAAAAGGAUGAGAUAUACAAAAUUAUUAGUCGCGCAGGAAAAAAACCGCUAUGGAUUGCAGAAUCUAAACCACAAAAGAGCAAACAUCAAUAUUUAGAAGCGCUUAUCUUCACGAGGAGACUUGGGGAUGCUGCUAAGCUCGGUAUACAAGUUGUAAUGAGACAAUUGUCGGACUUGUCUCAAGCAACUCCUAUAUAUUGGGUAUCAUUAUUGUAUAAGACUUUAGUGGGCCGUGAAGUCUUGGACAUGAAACUUCAAUCUAACAACGAAAGUUACGUGCACUUUUACAGCCAUUGCACAAAGCCAUCAGCGUUGUAUAGUAAAGGAGCUAUUACAAUUUUCGGUAUAAAUUUAACACCAAGAAAAGUGACUGUUAGUUUAAAAAAUCUCAAAAUCCAAAUUCUUCACAAGUAUAUUCUAUUACCAGAUUUUGAAACUGGCAAUAAAAUGUUUUCAGAGAAAGUCUUAUUAAAUGAUGAGCCACUUAAUUUAAUAAACGACAAAAAGUUGCCAGAUAUAAAUCCAGAAAUUAUAAUCAAUUCUGAGGGUCUUGAAUUAGAACUCCUUUCUGGUGGCAUAGGUUUCUGGAUUAUACCUAAUGCAAAGGUAAAAGCUUGCACUUGUUCUGCAGAGGAAACAAUCGAAACAAUGGAGAACAAUAUAGCGAAGAAAUUAUCGAAACGACAUGAAAAUAACAUCCAACAAGACAAUCAAGAAGAGAAAGAAAAAAACAUGAACCAGUUAAAUGUAACAGAUGAUGUAGAAGAAAAUAUAAGGCGGUUAAAUUUAAAAAAGCUGAAAAUUUACGGGAAACAAGAUAAUAAAAAGCAAGAAAACGUAAAAAAUACUAGAAAUGAAAGUCAGCACAAAGUAUGGAGUUCUAAAUUACUUGCAAGAAUAAAAAGAAUUUUACAGAAAAAACUGCAAACAAUGAAUAAAAAUAAAUCUUCAAAUUUGCAAAGAUCAUUCAUAAUCGAUUUGGGAGACGAAAAUUUUGAAGAUGUUGAAGAACAGCAAAAUUUAAAAAAUUUUGAAAAAACAGAAAUUCAUGACAAGUUUGAAAGCAUUCGAAAUACAUUAAAAAAGUAUAAAUAUAUUUUACUAGAGAAGAAGACUGAAAUGAAAACCAAGGAUAUUCAACAUCUUGAAUCAGAAAUUGACAAUGUUGUGACGUUAAUAUCAAAGCUCGAUGCUCUUCUUCUUCAUAAAAUUACUUCAAACGAAUCAAUUAUGAACAAAAUCAAAGAUAAAACAAAGAAUGUAGAAGAAUCAAUUAUUAAAAUAGAUAAAAAAUUAAAAGAAUAUUUAACUGAAUUAGAAAACUCAGAUGAAAUAAAGGCAAAUAAUAUAAUAAAAACGAUAGGAAAGUGUUUCAAUAAGCUCUAUAAUUUAUUAGAAGAUAAUGACUUAAUUAAGAACAGGAAGAAUGAUCAGGUUUCUAUCUAUAAAGAUCUAAUCAAGGGAAAAAGAUUUAAAAGACAUCUAGGUAGGAAAUCAAAAAAUUCUAAAAAAAUUAGGAUACUUAAAAAGCGCUCCCGAAUAGAUGAUUUAAAAAAUUAUAUAAUUAAAAAGAAGACAAAACGAAAAAACGACGAUAAGAAAAAACCAAUUUUAUCCAAUAAUUUUUUUGAUAAAAAAUUAUUUUCAAAAAAAAACUUUAUUAAUAAUAAAAAAAAAUAUAAUAAUCUGCUUCAACAAAAUCUUGUUAAAAAAUUUUUUAAAUUAGAUGCUUUUAAAAACGCUGACAAUCAUAUUGGUUAUCCACAUUUAACUCAAGAACAUAAUAGAAUAGAAAAUGAUAAUAUCUAUAGAAAGCAUUCUAAAAUUAGCGAUAUGGAAAACAAUAUGCAACAGUUAGUUAACUAUUAUGAUGAUUCCAAAAAGCAGGAAUAUGAUUCGAAUUCUUUUGCUGUACCUUCUCAAGUUUCUACUGUGGCAUACAAUUACAACGAUUAUCAAAUUUCAAGUGUGAAUUACGACAAAUUAAAAGAAAAAAAUGGCUUUAUUAAAGAUAUAGAUAAUAAAGAUAUUAAUGCAAAAGUAACUCAAUAUUCUAUACCUAAUACAUAUGCAAAACAUUCUAUUUAUAAUAAAAUUUUUCAUAAUAAAAGAAAUAAAAGAAGCAAUUCACAAAAGCUUCAAAAGAUCUUUGCUGAAGAAAUGAUUAAGGAGGACGAAGAAAACGCGAAAGAUUGUCAUUGUAGAAUCAUAAGAGUUUCUAAUUCGCCGAGGAAGCUCUAUUAUCAUCGUGUAAAACGUAAUGUUUCAGUACCUAUAACUCGAUUUACAGAUAUUUCUUCAGAAAAUAAAAAUGUAAAUACAGAUGUUGUACAAUCCAAGGAAAAUUCUACAAUAAGAGAGGAAUACGAAGAAAUUAUGACAGGAGAGAUACUACCAAGUACGAACGUCAUUGAGUCUGAUUCUGAAGAAAAUAGUACGACUACGGAAUCCGUAAUCACAGAAUUAAGUACAGUGGAUCCUAAACUGAACGAUACGACGCAGACAAUUGAUGUAAUAUCAAUAUCAGGAGUGGACAAUGUUUCAGAGCAAUAUCGUAACACGAAAAAAUCUACCACUAAUUUAUUACCUGUGAACUCAGAUUCAGAAUUUUUUCUAAAUAAUAAUAAUAAUAAUAUUAAAUACGUCACAAAGAAAACGUUUUUUCGUACCCAAUCAUCAGAUAUCCAAUCAGAUAACAAGACAAAAACGUAUGAUUCUCCCCAAGUUAUUUCUAAGAUUCCUACAGAAAAUAAGAACAUUCGGGAAGAGCUUAUUGUCUCCGUUACUGAAAACGCACAAGAAACAGCCUACGAAAAAAUACAAGAUCUCAUCAACAAAAACGAAAAAACCGACAGUUCAAUCUAUUCAACAAUCGCCGAAGAUCAGAAAAACGAAAAAGGGUACAACAGUGAUUAUAAAAUUGGAUUCAAGUCAACCAAUUCUCUCAAAGAAACAACAAAAGGAAUUGACGAGCAAGUAACGACGGAAACAAUUUUAUUAAAGCGAGCAGCAAGUAUAACAAUUAAUAACUCAAAAUCGAAUGAAUCAAAAACAAAAUCAAAGUUGCGAGACACAGAAGAUAAUCAGAACAAUGAAUCGGAAAUUCGAAAGCAGUUGGGGAAACGUACCAAUACUAGAAGAUUAAAGACCACACUGCAAUCAAAUCUUCCUCGAGCAUCGUUAGAUUCCUCGUAUCUCAGUAAAAACGAGGAACAUUUGACGAGACGCACAGAACAGAUUGAUAAACUAAUAGAAAAAUUGAAUGCAAAACGGAAGAAAUUGUUGAAUCAGUAUCAAAAUGAUCUAACAAAAAUUACUGACGAACAGAAAAAAAAUUUGAAAAAAAGAGAAGCAUGGGAUAGACUUCGUGAAAGUGAUUUUCAACAAUUGCUCGAUCGAAAGUUUAUUGAGAUCCUACUAGAUGAUGAUGUUACCGACGAAGACGGUAACGUUGAAAAUUAUUUAAAUCUCAUCGAGCUUGUUCCUAAACAAUAUAAGAAUGUUAUAGAUAAAAUAUAUUUACUUGCAAAAGCAAAGAAAAUACAUUAUCCGGAUAACAAAUAUUAUCAGUUUCUUCGAAAUCUAAUCGAAGAUAACGAAAAACUAACAGAAACAUCUAAAUCAUCAGAACACAAAUAUAAUCAACAUUAUAAAUAUAUUCCAAAAUCAAUCGAAGAUAAACAAGAAUCAAUUGACGAACGAGAAACUGCCUCUAGAUCUUUUAAUCGCAAAGUCUUCAUAUUUGAUCCCUCGACAUAUUACGGUGGCGAACCAAUUUUACAAUUAUAUGAGGACUACUUAAAACUUCCGAAAUACCAAAUCGAAAAUCCAACUCCAAGAUGGAUAUUAAAAAACAUUCAUCAAAUUUCCAAAUCACAAGAAUAUGUAGAAAAAUUGCCAAUCAAGAAUUGUGAUCAAGAAAAUACUAAUAUUUUAUAUGUUCUAGAUACGCAAAAGCAAUAUAAUUUAUCAAAGAAACUCACAGCUCUUGCACAAGCCUGGCUGAAUUCUCUUAAUCGAAAGGAUGUCAAUCAUAACAAAGUUGUAAGUAAUGAAGAAGCAAAUGAUUUAAAUAAUAUGCAUAAAAAUCCUCAAACAGAUAAAGAUAAUUUGGAUUCUAUGUCAAUAAAUGAAAAAACAGAAUUUAUAAGAGGUUUUGGAACUAAAAGCAACAUAGAAAAUAAAAAAUUUACCAAUUCCAAUAAUAAAAAAAAAGAUAUAAUAAAUUCAGAAAAAACUGAAGAUGCUGGAGAAGUGGUAAAGACUAAAAAAUCUGAAAAUAUCGAGUUGACAAAACAGAAAGAAAUUAAUAAAUCUUACAAUCCAAAUGAUAAGGUAGAAAACAAUUUAAAUAACCACAAUAAAAUAGUCGAACAUAUUAGAAAAAUCAUUGAAGAUGAUCCUAAAGGAAAAGAACUUGGAAAAGAAAAUAUACGGUCCCGAAGAGAUGUUGAGCAACAAACAGAUAAAUUAAUUAAAGAUAUAAAAAAUAAAUUCAAUCGAAUGAAAGUCCGUGAAGGAAUGAAGGAAAAGUACAUACAGGAGAUAUUUGACAAACCAAUGAUGAUUUUUCCACUGAAUGAUAAACUAUUAAACGCUGAUAUGUUUGAGAGAUUAAAAAAUUACUUACUUUCUUUAAAGAGAAAUUUCGAAGUUAAUCAACAGACUGUGAAGGAACGUGAAUUAAAUUAUAUCGCUCUUGUACCGAUUAAAAUCAGGAAUAUUUACGAGAUGUUAAAUGCGAAAAAUAACAACGAUUCAUUAGAACAUCUUGAAAUUCCUGCACAAUGGGACAAUCAGUAUGUACUAGGAGAAAUGUCAGAUUCAAUGAAUAAGUAUUUAGAUGAUGACAAAGCAUCAGAGGAAUUCGAAUAUGAAGAUCUUUCAAAUCUACAAAGUGCGAAUAGUGAAAGUAUUCUAGACAAAGAGAGUUGUUCAUGUGAAAAUAAGCAAGAUAUUUUUGUAAAAGACAGUGAAGUCGAAUCGGAAGAAGAUGAACAAUAUAGAAUUACAAAUGACGAAAUCGAUACAUAUUUAAAAAUGAAGAAUCAAGUAGAAUCUAACAAACGUAAAAUACUUUUAUUACUUCCCUGGAGGAGCGUAAAUAGAAGGCAGCAAAGACAAAUUAAAAGUGAAGACAUAGCUGAAAUAAAACGCGAGAUUACAAGGCAAUCACAACCAAACGAAUCCAUUCUAGCUAAAGAUCUCAAAAACAAACGCACAAAGAGAUAUUAUUUAAAUAACAAUAUUGAUAAAGAAGAAGAAAAUAUGAUGGCGACGAAUGAUAUAAGAAUAAAUUAUUUACCUCAAACAAACAGAAAAAAUUAUGAUAAUCUUCUCGAAGGUUUCAUAGAAACACGUAAAAAAAAUAAUUUGUAUAAUAAUAAAGCAUCUUCUGUAAGAAACGAAGAAAAAAAAGAAAUUAUAUCAUUAAAUAACAUUUCAAAGAGUGACAAAAAAUUAUUACAAAAAGAAAUUCCAAGGUUGCAAAAUCAUAUGGAAUCCGUGGAAGAAUUUGUAAAUAAUCCUGAGAAGAAUUUCAAUGACACUUUAGCAUCGAACGAAGACAAACAUCACAGAAAUAAAACUUUUGGAACUAUUGGCAAUGUUUUCCAUACUGCGAUUAUAAAUAUAAAAGAUUUUUUGGCAUUAUUCUCAAAUAUUCCUCGAAUAUUUAUGCAGAAAUUUUAAAUAAUAAAAAUAUAAUUUUAGUUAUUAUAAAAAUCCGAAUUCUUAAAAUAAUAAUAUUAUUUAUAUUCAUAAUCACACAAUAUUGUUUAUCAGUAGUAUGAAAUGAAUAAAAGAAAAUAAAAUUCUACAUGAAAGAAUAAAUUAAAAACAUAUAAUUUCU